AUGAAACCUACACCGGAGAAACUGGUGGCCGAGACGGUGGAAAUUACUGCGCAUCUCAACUUGAAUAGUCCAGAAGACGCAGAACUGGCAGAUAUGCGAGGAACGUUGCGCGAUUUUACAAUGAUGCUAAAGAUGCUGAACAUCCGGUUCAUAGAGUUCUGUCAUUUUGGUAAAGAAUCCUUUUUGAAGACGGCUAUACGCCUGUGGCUGAAAUUCUUCACUUCAUUUGCUCUAGCUUUUCCCCCGUGGGGAGGUUUUAGAAUCUCCAAUGACAAUCUUGUCCUCUUUCCAUAUCCACCAAGCUUGACGGUCGAAGUUCAGUUGAUGUCUGAUAACUCACUGGCUCGAAUCGUGUUUAUGGCCAGCAGUAAUUUUCCUGAGAUUCAAUCUGAUAUCCGUUGCUUCACUGAAGCUGGUGGUGCCGCGGCAUCGUUGAAAUUUCUGGUGCUGUACAAAGAUGUAACGAUUUCCCAUGACCAUGUUUCCCACAACCAGAAAUUUUACACCACAUUGCGUGAUACCACCAACCGAGUCGUCUUGCUUGUUGCUUACAGCACGGCGGCCUAUUGUGCAACUGAUUAA